AUGUUUAACCAUAAUAAUGGAAAGGAGAAGAGAAAUCGACAAGCAGAGCCUCAUCCUUGUGGAAGUAAAGGUUUAGAACAACUCAUUUCAAUGGAUGAAUGUGCCAAACAUAUCAUUGACAGUGCAUUAAUGAAGAUUCAGAAGCAGCUAAUUGAAAAAUCAAAGCAAAGUGGACUUUGUAAUUCAAAUGAUCCUUCACUUGACUACAAACUGCAGGAUUCCAAUUUUGAGAGGACAGAGGCGACCACAGGUUUCACUAUCCCUAACUUUAUCCCGUCAAAACGAGGAGGGGGGUGGCAGCAACCUCAGUACCAAGAAUCAAGAAAGGAAGAUAUUUCAAGCAUCCUCACAUCAACCAUCCAGAAGGUCAUGCGUGAAGCUGUUUCUAAUGUAGACAACAAUAGCCACAACAUGAGUAGAGGUCACCGGCAGGCUCCUCCUCUUGAAAGCAAGCUUCAGAGGAUAAAGGCUGCUUCAAAACCAGCCAGUGGUCCAUUGGAUAUGUAUGGCAACAUGGACCACCCUAUGAAUAUGCUAGAUAUUGACCAGCUGGUGAAAUCUAUGACUAAAUUGUGUCUUUUAGAGUCUGGAGGCAAUGGCUCAAAUUUAGGCAGUGGGGACACAUCACAUAAACAGUAUAAUGGCUCAUCUCAACAUUUGGGAGGGCCAAGAAGAGCUUCAGUAGUCAGAUCUAAUAUGAGACAAGGUGGUACAAAUGCAGUUAUAGUAACUAAUCAGAAUGGUGAAAGUGCUUCUUUGAACAAAGAACUCCAGGCUAUCCUCCAGUGGAUGGUGGCUUCUCAUUUCAAUGUGCCCAACCUGACAUUCUUAAAUGACAGAGAAGGAGAACUGGCUGACCUUCCACAACUAGCCCAGAAAGCAACCAAGAAGGGCUACAGUGUGGGAGAAAUUCUUCAGAAAGUAAUGAGGUACCUUGAAAGAACACAGAUGGAGGAAGCAGUGGGGAAAAGGCCUCAGUGUGGAUUGAUCCGCUGGCUACACGCCAACUUGUAA